AUGGGCCACCUUGUCACUCUUGCAACAUGCUCCCUUAACCAAUGGGCCCUUGAUUUUGAAGGCAACUGCGAACGAAUUAUUGAGAGUAUCCGUCAGGCUAAGAAAGCUGGAGCUACUCUACGCGUCGGUCCUGAACUAGAAAUCACCGGAUAUGGUGUUCUUGAUGGAUUCCUCGAGGGCGAUACGUUCCUCCAUUCGUGGGAGAUGCUGGCUCGUAUCAUUGACCACGCUGACUGUCAAGACAUUGUGGUGGACGUAGGUAUGCCUGUUCGGCAUAGGAAUGUGCGAUACAAUUGCCGCGUGAUCUUUUAUAACCGCAAGAUCAUUCUGAUUCGCCCGAAGAUGUGGCUUGCGAAUGAUGGAAACUAUAGAGAAAUGCGGUAUUUUACUCCAUGGCAGCGCCCCCAAGAGAUUGAAGAUUACUAUCUUGAAUCAAUCGUUGGUAAAAUAACAGGCCAGUAUAAAGUUCCUUUCGGAGACGCAGUCAUCAGCACAAGAGAUACUUGUCUAGGUUUAGAGACAUGCGAAGAGCUAUUCACUCCUAAUGGGUACGCACUUCAACUACGUAAUUGUGACUAUCAUGCUAACAUAUAUGUAGGCCUCAUAUUCCUUAUGGUCUUGCCGGUAUGGCCAUCAUUGCAAGAUAGACCACUGACCUCUCCGAUAGGUGUGGAGAUCAUUUCCAAUUCGUCAGGAAGCCAUCACGAGUUAAGGAAGCUUGACACCCGUAUCAACUUGGUUACGCAGGCUACGAAACUGAGUGGAGGCAUUUAUCUAUAUGCGAACCAGCAAGGCUGCGAUGGUGAUAGACUGUAUUACGAUGGCUGCGCAAUGAUCGUCGUCAAUGGCAAUAUUGUGGCCCAGGGGUCUCAAUUUUCCUUGAAUGAUGUCGAGGUUGUUACGGCUACAGUCGAUAUAGAAGAAGUCCGGACGUAUCGUUCUAGUGCUAGUCGUGGUAUGCAAGCCAGCAAACAAACACCAUUUGUUCGUCUUGACCUCGAUAUGAGGCUCUCUCGUCAAAACGAAGAAGCUGAUCCCGGCCUUGCCCCAUCUGAGGCCAUUGCGCCCCGCUACCACGCUCCUGAAGAAGAAGUUGCACUCGGUCCAGCUUGUUGGCUUUGGGAUUACCUCCGAAGGAGUGGUGCCGCUGGAUUCUUCCUUCCGCUCAGUGGUGGUAUUGACAGUUGUGCUACUGCCAUUAUUGUACAUUCGAUGUGUAGAGAAGUCAUCAAGGCAGUGUCAGAAGGAAAUGAGCAGGUUAUCAAAGAUGUCCGCAGGCUGUGCGCUGAGCCUGCGGAUUCCACCUGGCUUCCUACUACGAGUCAAGAAGUGUGCAACCGCAUCUUCCACACCAGCUAUAUGGGCACCCAAAAUUCCAGUAAGGAGACAAGGGACCGGUCAAAGAGGCUUUCAACCGACAUUGGAUCUUAUCAUGUCGACUUCAACUUUGAUACAGUUGUGACUUCCUUGACGAAUUUGUUCACGAUGGUUACCAACUUCCAGCCUAAGUUCAAGGUUCAUGGUGGUAGUCGGGCAGAAAAUCAAGCGCUACAGAACGUUCAAGCCCGCUUAAGAAUGGUGCUUUCGUACUUGUUUGCAUCCUUGCUUCCUACAGUCCGGCAGCGACCAGGUGGAGGCGGACUGCUUGUCCUGGCAUCAUCAAAUGUAGAUGCAGAAUGUUUGCGUGGCUAUUUAACUAAAUACGAUGCCAGUAGCGCAGAUUUGAACCCAAUUGGCUCUAUCAGCAAAGUCGACUUGAAGAAAUUCAUCGCCUGGUCUCGGGAUUCGUUUGAAUUGCCUAUUCUUCACGAAUUCCUGAAUGCCACCCCAACUGCCGAGCUGGAACCGAUAACAUCCACGUACGUCCAGUCAGACGAAGCGGACAUGGGUGUAACGUACGCUGAGUUGUCCACUUUCGGCUACCUGCGUAAGAUCGCGAAACUAGGACCUUGGUCCAUGUACGAAAGAUUGCUCCAUGUGUGGGGUAAUGAGUACAGCCCGCGCGAGAUAUAUGAGAAAACCCGUCAUUUCUUCUACAAUUAUGCCAUUAACCGUCAUAAGAUGACCGUACUUACCCCUAGUUAUCAUGCGGAACAGUACUCUCCUGAUGAUAACAGGCAUGACCUCCGACAGUUCUUGUACCCCUCUUUUACAUGGGCAUACAAGAAGAUGGAAGACAGUGUCAAGUACUGGGAAUCAAAAGGGUGGACUGCUGGAAAAGCACAGAAGAAGAACGUCAAGGCAGACUAG